UUGAAUUUGUGAGCGAGGUUCAAUUGGCUUAACACUUACCAGUUAUCAGUCAGUAAAAUUUUGGUGUAAGUUUGAGAUUGCACUAUAAUUCUCUAAAAAUGGCGAAACGAAUUACCCAAAGCUCGAUUAACUGGGCUGCUAUAGCUGAAAGAGUGCCGCCUAACCAAAAAUCCAACUUGUCUGCUUUUAAAAUGAAGUCGGACUCCUACCUCAGAAGAGUUUUGGCUAACCCUCCUGAGCCGCCUAAGAUUAAUUGGUCUCAAUACAAAUCUGCAAUCACUGUCCCUGGCAUGGUAGACAACUUCCAGAAACAAUAUGAAGCUUUGAAGAUUCCUUACCCAGCGGACACACUCACCUCUCAAAUUGAUAGUCAAUGGGCUCAGAUUCAAAAAGAAAUUGACGAUUUUAUCAGCCAAUCUAACGCUAACAUUGCCAAAUAUGAAAAGGAAGUUGCUGAAACCAAGGCCUUAUUGCCAUUUGACCAGAUGACAAUGGAGGACUUCCGUGAUUCAUACCCAGAAUUGGCUCUCGAUCCCAUCAACAAGCCUACCUUCUGGCCCCACGAACCUGAAGACCAGAUUGACUAUGUUGACCCAGAGGGCAACAAAGCAGCACCAAGUCAUUAAAGAUUUUUUUAGAUUAUUUUCCAAUAAUAAAUGUAAAGAUCAUGUGUAUUUAUCAUGUAGGAAUAAAAUUAUUUGAGAUCAA